AUCCUUUCGAAAGCGCAUAUCCUGGAAACUUGAUGCUAAAUCUCGUCAUAGGCACAGUAUAACUAUGUUUCUAAGCUACGUCGGGUCGUCGGUCAUACUUAUAAACACCGUUCUGCACUCGACUCUUCGAACUUAGCACUACUUGCGUGACGCUCCCAACUUAAACCACCCAUAAUUACCAUUCUGCUCACAGCGAUCGACCUACUCGGAAUCUUCCACCACUUAGAUUUUCCCACCUUCUCGGGAUUCUCAAUCUGCUAUCGACCUCGACGACAAGAUCAAUAUUGCAAAGCUAUCUCAACUCCAAGCAGUUUUUCUCACGUAGGAAUGGCUGCCACUACAAGACACUGGGAACAAGAUAAAGAGGCGACAGUCUAUGUAGGAAACCUCGACGAACGCGUCACCGAUCCCCUUGUGUGGGAAUUGAUGCUUCAGGUCGGCCGCAUAGUAAACGUUCACCUGCCUAAGGAUCGCGUAACACAGACCCAUCAAGGCUACGGCUUUGUAGAAUUUAUAUCGGAAGAGGAUGCAGAUUACUCCGCAAAGAUCAUGAACGGAGUUCGUCUGUAUGGCAAGCCUAUCAGGGUAAACAAGGCUUCUGCUGACAAGCAGAAGACUGUGGAAGUGGGCGCAGAGCUGUUCAUCGGAAAUCUCGACCCUAUGGUAGACGAGAAGACACUAUACGAUACCUUCAGCCGCUUCGGAAGCCUUAUCGCGCCUCCCAAAAUAGCUCGGGACGAUGCUAAUCUCAGCAAAGGAUAUGGGUUUGUGUCGUUUUCCAACUUCGAGUCCUCAGAUGAGGCAAUCGCGAACAUGAAUGGCCAAUUUCUUAUGAAUAAAGAAAUCUCUGUUCAAUACGCGUACAAGAAAGAUGGAAAAGGCGAACGUCAUGGUGAUGACUCAGAGCGUAUGCUUGCUGCACAAGCAAGAAAGCAUGGUGUAGAAGUACCACAGACAGCGAUGCCUCCGCAGAUGUUUGAGACGCCAGCACCCCAGCCGAUACCGAAUACCCCUACACAACCAAUUCCCACUGGAUUUGCGCCACCCCCGAUGUUACGACCCGGCGCUCCGCAGUCAAUACCCGCUGGAUUUGCACCACCAUCUAACUACCCAAAUAGAGAUUUCCAGUCGAUACCCUCUGGGUUUGCGCCGCCCAAUCUAUCACAACAUGGAGCUCCGUCUCAAUUACCACCCCCUCCAUCUGGACUGCCCUCCAGACCUCCCCCUUCCAAGGCUGGAUAUGGUGGACCCCCCGGCUUCAUGCCUCCAGGAUUCCAGCAGCAAGGACAGCCACCGAGAACCUAGUGCGUUUGAGAUGGCUAUGAACUUGCCAAUGUAUCAACAGAGCUUGUAAUUAUAUAUUCAAUAGUAAUCGUAGCCUGAUCAGGACAACAUAGACCC